UCCGCGCAGUGGUGGUGUACGGUCAGUCACUGUCGAUGCGACGGCGGUGGUGGCGGUCGCUCCACUUCAGCUGAGGGCCUAGGUAUAAAGGCGCUCCCACACCCAGUGUGGGCCGUCAGUCAGCCGAGUGACUUGGAGGCGGAUAGUGCCCGGAAGACAUGUCAUCCCGGCGGCGGUGGCACGACGCGCCAGCCUCGACUACCUACGCGCUGCCGAGUCGACCAGCCCCGGGCAUCGUUGCCACGCAUCGUCGUGCGAUACGGAGCGUCCACCAGUGCUGUGCCUCGGCGGUUUGUGAUUCGUCGGUGGUGCAGUGUCGUCGUCGUUGACGUGAUCCCCGACGUUAGGGGUUGAAUUGUGCUCCUUCGGUCACCUCGGGGAUGCUCUCCGACUUACGUGGUUACCGGUGAUCGACAAGAGCACGUGCUGCCAUGCUCGGUGAACAUCGUCAUUUAGGCAGUCGGUUUCCCCGGUCCGCAAUCUGUUUGCUGUAGAGCGAGCGCGGACACUUCUUCUUCGGCAGCGGAGUCCCAUGGAUGCAGCCAUGCGUUGGCGGAGGACUUGGCUGGCCACUGCGGGCCUCGCCUUCUGCCUCGGCAUGACCGUUGGCCUGCUGCUCCCUUUGAGGGAGCUGGCUCGCAGCGGAAACAACAGCAGCAGCAAGGCGGAGGCCGGCUCGCAGCAUGAGCGGCCAGGCAAUGCGUCUUCCAGCGGCGCCCCUCAGCCGCCGACGGGGAGCGCCGCCGCAGCUUCCCGUGCGCUCAACGGAUCGGACCUGUCGCUGCUGCCUCGCCGCACCGAGAAGGGCACGGUGCGAGGAAUUUUCUGGGCGGGACCCGUGGAGCGACUGGUCGCCGCGGGCUCUCUGGGCAGCGAAGAGGACGUGUCUCGGUGGCGGGCCACCGCAAGGAGAUCGACCGUCCGGGCCGUGUAUGAAGGAUGCGGCCGCAUGCAGAACAGACUGAUCGUGUUCGACUCCGGCGUGCUCAGCUGCGCCCGCUACCGGCAAAACAACGACCAGAUUCAGGGCGAACUGUUCUCGUUCUACUUGUCCCGGGAGUUGGGCAUUCGGAAUCUGCCGCCCGCGCUACUGACUCGAGCCGCCGGCCGAAGCUGGGAUCCCGUGAGGUCCAGCCUCGAGUUGGCUCAGUGGCGUUCGGACAGACCUGUGGUGCUGACUAAAUUUGUGGAUGAUUUGGUGCCCACGUUCAUUCCGGAAGAGUUCCGGUCACCCGCUAAUCGACGGCUGCAUCCGCCCGACGUCGCUAACAAGACGCAGAAAGAGAUACGUGAUUUGGUCCAGUGGUCGGACCUGAUCGUCUUCGACUACCUCACCGCAAACCUUGACCGCAUCGUGAACAACAUGUUCAACCUGCAGUGGAAUCCGGACAUGAUGAACGCUCCCGCGCACAACCUGGUUCGGCAAAAGACCACAGGUCUUCUAGUGUUCCUUGACAACGAGUCCGGGCUCGUGCACGGCUACAGACUGUUGGACAAGUACGAAGUGUUCCAUCGGUCCCUGCUGGACUCUCUUUGUGUCUUCAGGAAAGGCACGGCUGACGCCGUGGCCAGACUUGUCCGUGACAGGGACGUCGGCCGAAGACUGUACAGUGCUUUCAACAGCAGUGAUCCCGGCAUGGAUAAUUACUUGCCCUUCCUUCCAGAGCGCAGUGUCAAGAUCCUAAACAAACGACUGGCCCAAGUGAACACGCAGAUACGCAGGUGCAUGGAUAAGUACGGCCACGUUCUACGGUGAACUCCUUCCACGUAGAGGACAGUGGUACGUUGUUGGACGACUCGCAGGGGGUGAGUUGUUACGUGCGGCAACACAUGUUUGCUCUUGUGAUACGUACGCAACGUGAUGCCGGAGUGUAUGUUUCGCAUGUUGCCCGGCAAGGUGUUGCUUGCGCUGUGCGAGCGGUCUCCAAAGAGGCGUCUCGGCCCAGACAGCGCAUGGAUAGUCAAGGUCUGUUCUGACUUCCUCGUUAGUAUAACGUAUACGCGACUAGCGUGACGAGGCGUGGGAAAUUUGGAACAGUUCUCUGUUGUACGUAGCUGGGGCUGUGCUGACGGUGAGCCGAAUGAAUUGAUUGAGACUACAUGACCGUCACUGCAGCUGUAGACCAAACAUUUGUUUAUACGUAUCUACCCUAGUAAGUUGCAAACUUCGAAUGUGCUCUAUGGGCUGUAGCGUUUGAGAACUUGGAUAUGUAUUUGUUAGGUAAUUUAUGAAGUGUUUCUUACAUUUUUCGUGUGCCAGCCAGGACUAAGGGGCAUCAAUGGUAUAGAGUUUGUUGCUUGAAAAAGACUGAGCAGUCCAUAAUAGUCGGGUGCUUUCGCUAAGCGGAAAGCGGCUGCUAGUUCAAUAGUACCUUGAUGAAAGUUGGCACACACCUCUUGGCCUCCACAGUAGAGGAUUCUGAUAGCGUAACCGAAAUUUCUCAGCGAAUCUUCGCAGCAUAUCGACCGCCAUCGCGGGCAUCACUGUUGCACAUGAGCAAGAUUUUAUGCUUAACGUGGCGUUCUCACAAAGUUGAAUGCUAUGUUGUCGCGAGUUCAAGAGAUAAAAUGUCAAUGAAGCAUGAAAAUAGUGGUCUUUUGCUAUUACUAUGCUGAGGAUUUGGUGCUGAAUGCUUGCAAGUAUAGGUAUCUUCAGGUAAUUGGUAUGCCAGGUCACCAUGUGAUCUGUUACCAAUGCGACAAAGGGCCGAAAAGGCCACGAAACCUCCAAGCUAAUGUCUUUCUCGUUGCAAAACGAGACUCUUGCGCAUUGUUUAGGAAUGAAGACGGCGCAUAUAGAUGUUUCUAAAGGGUCAGAAUCAUUCGUGCUAUUACGACUCCUAGUUCAAACGCACUGGACAAAGGUUUUUGCACUUAAGAAAUCCUCGAUUACAUAAUCACCUAUUCCUCUUUUUUUUUGCGUGCUUCUCUUAUUGUUCGUUGUUUCAAAGUAAUGUGCCGAAACGUACCAGAAACAGAAUGCCUAAUUUUUCAGAAAGUAAUGCCUUCACACGAAGACAGUGAGGGCAUUAAUGCAGACGCCUCACCAUCAACCAGGUGUUUCGACUGAAAACGGUUAUCGUCACUUAAGCAGAACGAACUGAAAAGUGAUUGAAGCUCUGUCACGAUACUCGCACGCUCGUAUCACCGAUGUAUCAGCGCGCCUAGCUUCUCCGCAAAUAGAUAAGUCAAGCAAGCUCGCGAAUGCCUAAACUGUUCUCACCCUUCGGGUCAAUAGCUCAAUCAGCGUGCACAUCUUAAGGAAACCGUGUUACUCCUUAAGAGCUCGUGACGAGCAAUGAGUGGACCAUCGCCGGCACGCUCACAACUGGCAGGCUAGGUUACCCUCAGAGAGAGAUCACUAUCGAAAGGCCCCGUAGAGAUCCUCCCCACCUUUAGCACGGCGCUGAAAUGCCUACACGCACGCCGCGAGCUCGCCGUUAAAGGCUAACGAGCACAAUCGCAUGGAGCGCAAGAUAUGAGGGGUGAUGCCAGGAGUCGUGAACCAGCGCGCACGCCCCUAUUCAGUACGCACCUUUCUUCUUCGCCCCCUUACUUUAUUCUGGCGCUCUUCCUUCCUUGUUUCGUGUCUCCGACGUUCCUAGUAGCGAGUUCUUUAACGCUGUAGCACCACCGAAAAAAAAUGCAGCGACGAGCAGCCCGAACAAGGCAGGAGACGACGGCUGAGGAGGUUGACUCCUCGGAAAUCGUCCCGUCUACAAGAGAGCCAAGGAAGAACGGGGGGUGUUGGCCAGCCCGCCCCUUAAUGAGGAUUUCAUGGCGAUCACCCCCUCCCCUCACCCCAGCCGUCCGCGCUUGCUUGUACGUACUCUCCUGUACGGGGGAAGCGGCACCCCUUCGGAACGAACAGCCCAAACAGGUCGCUCACGACGUUCACCCCUGGCACUUGCAACGGUCUUGUGCACGCGCGCGGUGUCGUGACCCGCGUCUCGUUAUCAAUUACCAGUGUUUGACCGUGGCGCGCCACUCGCACCCCUCCUCGUUCCCUUCAACACAAUCCACCCCGACUUCCAUCGGGCGCCCUCCCCGCCAAUAGGCACUCGCACACGACGUUGCUACCGUUGUGCCACGUCGGUCACGACUUGGCGCUUAACACGCACGCAAUCAACGCUGGAUGCCGCGUGCGCUGUUCAGUCCCGUUCUGCGAUGUUGCCUCGAGACUCCGGGGUGCUUCGUGUUCGAGGGGCGCUGACAUGCGCGGAAGAGCCACGGGAUUCGGCUAGUCAUGGAUCGAAGAUAUCGUAUGAAAAGGAUUUCACGUAGGGAUUCCGGCCAAGUUGAGCAUAUUGCAGGUGGGUUGUAGCAGCUGGUGCAAAAGUAUUUUACAGAUGUUCUUCGUGUUCUUCCUUUCGGCGUUUCUUUCUAAGGUCAAGACAGUUUAGAAUAAAUUAUUAGUGAUGCUAACUUAGGUGGAAGGUAAUCCUAUGAGUCACACAAAUAAUUGUUCUGCAGAAAUUACAAAUACCUCAGAGGGGUCCAGCAAGUCAUAUUGGUGUAUUCCGAAAAAAAAUAUAAAAGCUAUAUUGAGGCUUUGAUUAUUUCGGGCCUUCCCAAGGCUCGGAUGGAGGCGCGAAUACCAGCCGAGUCGUUGUGGCACAACUACAGUUCCCCAAAGCUGCGCUUAUUGAGUUACAAUAAUGCUGACCCACGUUUCACGUUGUUCUUUUCUUUGGUAUGAUAUUUGCUAGGUUUGUAAUUUGGAACAAAAGCCCUUCUAUGAGCGAGUAGGAUUUACGGUUGUAAAGCACCGUCCUGCGUGGCGAAUUCUUUGCACGCACAUGGGCUUAGCGACAGAUGCUUGAGGGGCGUGUGGUAAAGCUAUUGGUUACGUCAUGGGGUCAUGCCGACGAAUCAUUGUGCCUUAAAAUUUGGUUGGUGAUUCAUGCAAGAACCGAAACACUUUCCAUUACAAGUGCUUAGGUUCUCUGACUGGUCACCUGCGGAAUCUAACAGUGUGAUGGAAGUGUGCUGGACACUCUUGGUCGUUGUCUUCCAGUCUGAAGUUUUUCCUUGAAUGAAAGAUUCCACUAGCAUUCGUUUUGAGUCGUGAAUUUUCUUGGGGGUGUGAAAAGCUGCCUUAAACGAAUACAACAAGAACUUGAGUUUUGGAUAGCCUCUAUACAGGAAUAUGUCAGUUAAAGUAAAAUGGGAGCCGGCCUUGCAUUGCCAUUCAUAUCAAAAUCACAGUGACUCGAAGCGUUGUCUAGUGAAGGGCAAAACUUCGUGAUAAAGAUGUGUUUCAUCCAGAAAGAAGGAAAAUAUAAAGGUUUCGAAAUUAUAUCUCGUAGAAAAAUUGUUUCCUCUAGAAAUCUGCGUCUCUUUUGUGUUCGCUUGAGUGCUGGUGCUAAACAUUUCUUAGUAAUCACUGAGAAUCGAAAAGCAGGACCACUUACAUAAUGGUAGCAAUAACGGAACGAAUUUUUGUUUAUUAAAAAGAGGGCUGCCACUGACAGUACAUUCAUUCCAAGAAAGUUUACAUUUUACGGUAACCAUGUUAAGGAGCGUAAAGGGGCGUCAAACUUUCGUUAGGUUAGCUCAUUGUUUCGAUGCAUUACGAGACCUUCAGUAAAUUAAUAUUCGUUCUUCGCACAACAAACUAAAAUGCUUGGUUUGUUUCUGCUAUGUGGUCGUUAGUGCCUCACAUGCCAUAAGAAAAUAUAUAGGUAACUUCAAACAGACAGCGGUAAAGACAGCUUCUUUCAUGUGUUCAAAAUAUCUAAGGCGUGUCCACAAAUUUGAUUAUAGACUAAACAACCGGGUAAACGUUCUUGCUGGAACAUUUUUAUUUGGUGCAGACAACACAGCGCAACAUUUCUACGAAAACUCGGAAACUUAAAUGUGAGCAUCUGAGGGUUCUCAAUAAGUUAGGGAACUGAAAACGUCGCGUUGUCAUUUACUCAGCAUUGGAGCUCGCGCUGCCUUUAUUGCCAUUUGUCAUGCCUGACUGUUGAGACUAUUCUGACCAGGUCGCCAGUGAAAAAGUGGUUCGAGAGCCUUAACCAAGAAAAAAAAAAGCAAGAAAAAACUGGCGAACCAAAGCAGUAAGCUGCAAAUUUCGUUCAGAAGCCAUAUUCGCAAAGGUCAUGCAGUUUUGAGGAUGCCGGUAUACCUGCUUAGUUCGAUUCCUAGAC